AUGGCGGAGGUGGCCGCCGGGCCGGGCGGUGGCGUUUACUGGAGUCGGGACAUUUCUGAUGAAGAACAGCCAAUGGUAUCUCUUUCAGGAAUCUCUACAAAAGGAAAUUUAAGAACAAUGUAUUUGCCAAAAUAUCAAAAAAGUAAAACUGAGCUAAAGGUGCCUGUAGCUGUUGCUCCUGUUUCCAUGGAUCCUGUUAGAAGCACAGGAGAUCUGACAGGGCAGCAGAUCACUAAUGAAGGAGGAAUGAAGAGUGCUUCUUUAAAGGAUUUGUGUCCUGAGGACAAGAGGCGCAUUGCAAACUUAAUUAAAGAACUUGCCAGGGUAAGUGAAGAAAAGGAGGUGACAGAAGAACGGCUGAAAGCUGAACAGGAGUCAUUUGAGAAGAAGAUCAGACAGCUAGAGGAACAGAAUGAACUUAUCAUCAAGGAAAGGGAAGCUCUGCAGCAGCAGUACAGAGAAUGCAAGGAACUUCUGAGCCUUUAUCAGAAGUACCUAGCUGAGCAGCAGGAAAAACUAUCGCUCUCCCUUUCUGAACUCAGUGCUGCCAAGGAAAAGGAGCAGAAGGUAUCCAGUAAGAAGAGCUCAUGCCAACAACCAUCUCUGGAGCUAGAUGGUUCCUACUUGGGUAUUGGGGGACCUCAAACUUUUUAUAAGAACAGUAGAGCAUCAAAGGCUGGAAGCCCAGCCCGUGUUGCAUUGUCUCAGCCAUGCAGUAAUAAUCACGUUUACGGGACUGAAAUCCAUUACAACCAUCAGGAGUGUCUGAAGGAAUAUCCGGUAGAAAAUGGCUUGCACAGAAAGUGUAACAAUAUGAUUUCCCCAGCCAAGCAGAGGAGCCCUCACCCUGUAAAACCAGCUCAGGAGAUGAACCAGAAAGCGAAUGAAUUUCAGAACACGUGCCCUGAGCAAGUGAGUCACAGUUGUGCCUGCAGGCACGUAGGGAGCUCAGGGAGCGUGCAAGAGAGCCACCAUGUCAGCCAGGUACUUAGAAGACACUCUGGCCCGGUUCACAAAACCUGUGAUUAUUCUAGGCGCGCUCAAAUUUCUGGGCUGAAUGACAGCAUGGACUCAGGGCCUAAAGAAACAGAGCAGGCUAAAAGGUUGUAUGAAGAGAGAAGGCAGAAGCUGCUUCUGCAGAAAAUGGAGCUGGAAAUUGAAAAGGAACGACUCCAACAUUUAUUGGCUAAGCAAGAAGCAAAACUGCUCCUAAAACAACAGCAACUACACCAAUCCCGUAUGGAUUAUAACAGAUUUAGAGGCCAUGUACCUGGUUCAGAAGAUGUGCCCAUUGAUGAAGCACCUGGAGAACUUGCUCUGAUGAUGAAUGGCAACAGCAUGGGGCUAAGUGUACCAGUGUUGAAAUGUGAAGAUUAUUUUCUGAGGACUCCUCUAGUGAGCAAAACCUCCAGAACACCAGGCAGCAGCGGUGGGAGCAGUUUGGGGAAGAAAAUGGUUGGUUUUGGUGCAAACGUGGAAGAUGAACGAACUCUUCUCAUGCAAACUAAGAGGGAAGGCAAGUCAAGGAAAGGGACAUGUUCAGGACCUAGGAAGGAUGCAGCCACAUCUCCUGUGCUGAUAGGCAGCAGCAAGGAGCUUGCAACCACAGCCACAUCGCCAAUCCGGCAUGACACUUCACGGUACAAAGCCUGUCUUCUUGACCUGGUUGAAGCUAUGAGUCCGAUGUCUGCCCCAGGACACCUCUGCAGAGAAUCUUACGACAGGAACAAAAUACACACGCCUCGUCGUGUGAGCCACAGGCCGUCGUCUUGGUACCAGACCCCUCGCAGCUCCAGAAGCAGAGCAGAUGAGCUAGAGGAGAGCCGGCUCCUCGAGGAGAUUUUCUUCAUUUGACACACCUCACUGGUCUACAGCCUUUCCGUAGAAUUUUCAGGACAUUUUAUUGCUGAUUUGUUUGUGUUAAAGUACCAUUGUUAAAUUAUUUAAGUGACAACUGCUUGUCUUCCCUCUCCUAAAACACAGCUGACUAGCAUCCAGUUUCAUUUUGGAUUUAGUAAUCAUGGUGCAAGGACGUUGUUGGGGUAGACCAAUCAGAAAGCAUUAACUUUUUUUCCUAAAUCUUUCAUGUGCCAAGUAAUCAUUCUAAAAUGUAUUUUUUUUUAACCUACAACAUUUUCUAAUAGACUGAAGUCACAGUUUUGCCAGCCUCAUAUCAGAAAUAUAUUUCAUUAUCGAUUUUUAGCUGUAAAGCAGUUUGCAAGAACUGCCUAACAUUCAAGAACCACCAAGUUCAAAGUAGAUUAUUUUCUAAUUAAACAAGUCUGUUUAAAACCUGGCAUAUUAUAAAGGUACAAGUACUUUAGUACUUUUUUCAGUGAUUUUAUGAUCUAUUUUUUCCUUCAACAUUCUGAUAUUUAACAUGCUGGGAUUUUAGGGAGUAUAUUGUAUGCUUAACUAUACAGUGUCUAAUAACAUUAAUAGACGAUGUUGCAGGCUGAU